ACUUUCGUGCUCCUCGAAAUAAGCGUCCGAGAAAAAUGUUCAAGCCAGUCGUAGUUUGUGCCGCCCUCCUGUUUGUCGUCGCGUCCGCAGAUGAGGACACGGUCGUGAGGAAAUCCGUCGUCGAUUGCAUCAAUAAGGACAUUCUUGCUGCCAACACCGAAUCUUGGAAGCUUCCUGAGGCUGAUAUUAAGAUCUUCACCAACAUCAUCGACAAAGAGAUCAUGAAGGAGCCUCUCUGCAAAAAGACUCUCCAAGAGCAGAUGAAAAUCAUCGACGAAAUCCACGAAGCUACUAAGAAAGAGCUGCCCCAUGUCGAUCAGAAGACCAUCGACAAAAUGAUCGAUCUCCUCAAGAUCAAGGGCAAACACUGCACCGAACUCGUUAAGAAACACUGA